AUGUCCGAAAAUUUGUCAGACAAACUCAAAGAUUUUAUUGCUACCCAGCUCGCCGAUCUCAAAGGCCAAGUUUCAUCAAAGGAUGAAGAUAUUGCUCUACUUCGAAAUCAGCUCAAUGAGAUGAAGAUGGAAAAGAAGUCACAGCCUUCGUCAUCUUCUUGCAAGACAACGGCUACUUUCUCAGAGGAAACUAUUCAUCGAUCCAAGGCCUCCACUUCAAAGAGCUCAAGGCAUUCAGCUGAAACACCUUCAAAGUCGUCGUCUAAACCGCACUCCACACCCACUCAAUCUAGAUCAACUCCGCUCAAAACCACAUCAAGAUCCAGCAAGAAUAUAAAACCUCCAACUCUGAAGCGACACCCAUGCCAGCUGCAGGAGCGUGAGUUGGAAGACAGUGUCAAGCCUGUCAAGGGAGCAGUUCCGCAGGCGCCAGAUCCGCAAACAUUGAAGGAGUUCUAUUCCUGUUUCACCACACAAUCUGAUAUCGAAAGUGUCCUCGCAAAUUCAUCUUCACGUGCCAUUAUCGCACAAAACAAAAUUCAAACUCUGAACGACAAUCAACUUACACAAAAGGCUGGUCGUGAGACUCUCCAUCUCAAAGAAAUUCACAUAAUGUUCAUUCAUAGCAGUCUUGCUAAGCUAGGUCUUCGACGCUGGGGACCUAACUUGAGUGAAGCAACCAAUUCACUUCUCAACUCGGCCUGUAGAAUCAGUGCAAUUUUGGCAUUUUGCCAAGUGGCUGCCGGUGGAGCAUUCGACACUGCGAACAUGGAAGCUACUUAUAUCAACAAUCUUAGAAAUCAUCAUCGCUUGGAGUUUGCCAAGGCCAUGAAGUAUCCAAAACGCUACCUGAAUUUCUUGGACAACAUCGCAUCUCAUAGUGACAAUGAGCCCAGUAAAGAUGGUCAUUUCUGGAUCAUCAGGAAGUUAGAAUACCGUUCCAAAAAGGCCACCGUAUUCCUGCGCCGCCUGGAUCAAGAUAUUGCCACCGCCAACCCAGCUCUCAUCAAACCUACUCAAUUUUGCACUUGUAGAGUACCAUUACUGCACAGGAAAUCACUAUUCAACCGUCCGCCUCAACGUUGCUCCCUUAACACCUUAUCACCAGCUUACUUCAAUUCACUCCCACAACAUCUCAAAUUCACACUUGCUGACACCAAAAAGUUUAUUAAAAAGUAUUAUGAUAGGAUAUCGGCCCCAUACACUCUUGAGUCUGUCAAAACGUCUUCCUCUUUGUCUUCAUCAGAGGAAGAUGAAGAUCUACGUGGUAAAGGUAAAGCUAAAGCUAAAGUUGAAGGUAAGGCUAAGGCUAAGGCUAAGGCUAAAGGUAGCAACAAUUAUGAUGAUACAGAUUAUGGAACCGGCAUCGGCUUGAGUAAUACUUUGGGCGAAGAUGAGGAGGAAGCCUAUUAUCAGGAAGGUGAAUUUGAAGACGACUUUUUGGACUCUGAUGAAGACAAAGACUCAGAAGAGGAUGAAGAUUUUGACCCUACUAAACAAAAAACUCCUUCCUCUGGUGAUGAAUCAUCCAACAAAGCAAACAAUCAACAAGAUGAUGGUGAUAAGUCUGCCAUGAUCAUCAAUGAUGACUGA